UCCAGUUUUAUUGGCUCCCUAUUCAUCAGUACUCCAUUAUAAAUAUGUAUGCAAGUCUUAAAUAUAUUACCAUUCCAGCUUCACAUGACCACAAUGGAUUUUUUUUCUCAUUUGCUAGCAAUUAUAGCACUUCUAGGUUUGGUGGUCCUAUGUAGUUUCAAAAGAAUUAGACCAAACAGUGCUAAAAAUAGCAAGAGCAUUGGAGCCCCAGAACCAUCUGGUGCUUGGCCCAUUAUAGGUCACCUCCAUCUUCUUGGGGGUGAACUCCCAGUUGCCCGAACUCUUGGAGCAUUGGCCGAUAAAUAUGGUGCAAUUUACUCACUCCGGCUCGGCAGUUGUCCAGCGCUAGUGGUGAGUAGCUGGGAGGCAGUAAAAGAGUGCUUCACUACCAAUGACACAAUUUUUGCAACACGGCCAAGCAUGGCAGUGGGGAAGUACAUGGGCUAUGACUAUGCCGUCUUUGCCCUAGCGCCUUAUGGACCAUAUUGGCGUGAUAUGCGCAAGAUGGUUGCAUUGGAGCUCAUGACAAAGCAUCGCCUUGAGCAGCUCAAGCACGUACGAGCCUCGGAAGUGGACUCAUUCAUUAAAGAUCUGCACUUGCUAUGUGUAAAGAACAGAGACUUCCCAACCAAGGUGGUCAUCAACAAGUGGUUUGAGCAUUUGACAUUCAAUAUUAUCGUCAGGAUGCUAGCUGGAAAGCGAUUUGCUGCUGACGAGAGCAACAGCGAGGAUUUGGAUUUCAAACAAGCAAUAAAGAAAGCAUUGUACCUUGGUGGGGUUUUCGUUGUGUCCGAUAACAUUCCAUGGCUUGAAUGGGUUGAUAUUGGAGGGCAUGUCAAAGCUAUGAAAGAGACUUCUAAGGAACUUGAUGCAGUCUUCGAAAGAUGGCUGCAAGAACAUAUUCAGGAUAGAAAACAGUGUAAAUCCAGUGGCGAACGCGACUUCAUGGAUUUGAUGCUAUCAACCCUUGCAGAAGAUACCGGUGCAUCCAGCUACAAGCGCGGCACCAUCAUCAAGGCAACAGUACUGAUUCUCAUAAUGACCGGUUCAGAAAGCACGGCUGAGACACUAAUAUGGGGUCUCUCCUUACUAAUGAACAACCGCCACAUGUUAAAAAAGGCCCAAGAUGAGCUAGACAUCCACGUAGGAAGAGACAAGUGGGUUGAAGAAUCAGAUAUCCAGAACCUAACAUACCUACAAGCAAUUAUCAAAGAAACAUUUCGAUUAUAUCCACCAGGUCCCCUAUCAGGGCCUCGUGAAGCCAUGGAAGACUGUUACAUUAACGGCUACCAUGUCCCAAAGGGCACACGUUUGAUCGUUAACCUAUGGAAGCUACAACGAGAUCCACGCAUAUGGUCAAAUCCUUCCGAGUUUCAGCCCGAGAGGUUCCUAACAACGCAUGCAAAUGUCCGUGUUAGGGGUCAGGAUUUUGAGUACAUACCAUUCAGCUCUGGCAGAAGAAUGUGCCCUGGUGUUACUUUCGGUUGGCAAGUGGUUCAAUUGACACUUGCUCGUUUCCUUCAAGGGUUUGACAUAACAACACCAAUGAACAUGCCGGUGGAUAUGACAGAAGGCGCGGGCAUUGCCUUGCCAAAGUUAAGCCCACUUGAAGUUGUCCUCAAGCCGCGCCUUCCUUUGGAGCUCUAUCAAAAAUUACGAACCAACAGCAUCACUCUAGAGUGUGUAUAUGGAUCAUAAAGAUGGUAUAUGUAGUAUUAGUAUUACAGAGAUCGCAUUUGCAGUGUGAAACUAAAAUAAUGGUCAGAAUGGGACCAAGUUACUAUGUUAACCUAAGCUUUUCUCUGUGUGUAACCUUCUAAUACUCCUAAUCUGGAAUGGGAUUACAUGUUCAAUAACUUUUAGUAUCCUCUAUACUUUUAUGUCU